ACUUCUGGAAACAGGCUUCUCCUGCAAACUGGUGUAUACAAUGCAGUGACUAAAAAUUGUAGUUAAAAUGAGUAACAAUAAACUGUCAGCACAAGAAACUCCUAGCUUUCAGCUCCUGACAGCUAUCUAAUUAUGGACAUCCAGAGUACCAACUGCCUGGUGCCUUAAAAGGCUGUUUAAAAUCUUUCUAAUAUUUGAACUUUAAAAUUAACGGGUUGGUUUGGGUUUUGGGGUUUUGUUUUAGUUUUUUAAUUCUUCAUGACGGGAGAUUGUGGAUUAAUUUACAGUCUGGAUAGACUUGAUUAUUCUUUCAUUACUGUUUGGCUUUAGCGGUGUUUUACAACUUCAAAUUUUUAUUCUUUUAAAAGUGUGCUCGUUGUGGUGCCUUCACAAGAACGUUAUUUUUUUAAGUUGCAGUAACAUCAGACUUGAAAAGGAGCAGGAAUUUUCUGGCAGUCUAAAAAUUCUAACAAUUUUUAAUUUCCAUUAACUUCUUGCUUAUUUUGAUUUCUAAGACAACUUUAUUAAUUUAAGUCAGUUUUACGUAAGUAAUUGUUAGAAAUUUUUUUAUAUCUUAUUGCUGUCAUGUGAGUUAGUUUAUCUUGAAAAUGCUUCUAGUUAGGUGCCUGAGUAGUGAAAAAUAGGCAUACUUGGUUGGUUGAAGUAUGAGUUGGAUUUGUCAGACCCUCCUACAUGUUUUGUAAAAUCACUUGGGUGUUUGGCUUGAUGUUAAAAAUUUCACAUCCCCCAGGGACCAGGAUUCAUUAAUCACAUGUAGGACCUUUGGUAUAGGAGAGGGCACCUAUGCACAACCAAACUUAGAGAAAGUGAGGAGGAUGGUUGGUACAGUGGCCUGACUGCCUCUUAGGAAACCAGUUUUCAGGAGCAACCUCUGGGAUCCACCUCAGGUGGGAAGGGACAGUGAGGAACAGCUGAUCCUCUAAGACUGGGGACCUUCCUGUGGCAAAAAAACAAUAAAAAUUUAUUGGUCUUGAUGAUAUUAUGGAUGAAGAAGGAGUUAAAGAAAGUGGUAACGACACCAUCGAUGAAGAUGAGCUUGUUUUACCUAACAGGAAUUUGAGGAGCCGCUGUGAAGAAACAUCAGUCACAUCACCAAGAAAAUCGCCACGUUUAAUGGCACAAGAACCGGUUCGGAGUCUGCGCCAGAGCACGCUUGCCAAGCGUUCGAAUGUGGCCCCUCUUGUUAGUACCAAGAAAUCAUCUGUGAAAAGUGGAUCUGCUCCAAAAACUGGACAGAAACAAGAGAGAAGUCCAGCUAAAGAGGCGGAUGUCGCUGCGCCCUUGAAAAUAGAGCAACCUAAAGAAGUUAGGCGUAGUACGAGACGGUCGGGACAGGCAGAAGGAACAACAACAGCAGUGACAGCAUCCCAAAGUGAUACAAAAUGUCUUCCUGGUCCCGAAGAGGUGAACGAAAUAAAGUCUGAAACCCUUAACGAGGCAAAAGUUGAGGAAACAUCCCAAGUCUUAAGUUGUGCUAACUUAGCAGGAGCCAGCUCUCCUUCUCCUGGAGAAACAAAGGAUAUAACAGAGGUUUCCACAAAGACUGAAUCUGGGAAGGUUGAGUCAGUUUGUUCAGUAUCUGCAGAUACUGAAAUUACUGCAGUUAAAAAUGAAGCAAAUGAUGUGAUUGAUUCAAUGGGCUCUGAAACUUCUUCAGAAGAAAAGACUGAUCAAACAGAGGAAUCGGAGACGAAAGCAGAAGAGCAGGAUCAAAGUGGGGUCCCUGGAAAAGCUAACGAUUCAUCUAGUGUUUCUGUGAAUCCAAGUGAAAUUUGUGAGACCAUUUCAAAUUUGUCCAGCCCUAUAGAAAAGGGGGUUGACUGUAGUUUAGGUUCCCACAAUGUAGAAAUUCCUGAUGCAAAUACCUUGUCGGUAACAGAAUGUGUGACAGAACCUGUAGAUGAUGACAAGGGGGUGGAGAAAACUGUAACCUCAUCUGAGAAACUAUUGGACAGUACAGAGUUUGAUAAUAAGGACUUGAAAAGUGAAGAGUUUACUUCUCCUGACCCAGGAAAUAGCAUUUUAGAUAGCACUGUUCUUGACCAAAAAAGCCAAGAGGUACAGCAGAUCGUCAGUACUAAAGUAGAAGGCCCUGAGGCAUCAAAAUUUCAGGAUGAUGAUAAACAAAUUAGUGUUUCAUCAAAAUGUGAAAAGAAUAUUAGGCCUCGGCAUAGUAAAUCUGUAAUACAGAAUAAGCAAAAUCUGACUGCAGGUACUCGACAGAAAUCGGGUGCAGUGCAACAAGAAAUAACACGUUCGAAAACAAGAGCUGGUCUUACUGUUUCAGGUCUUCACAGUCCAUCUUCAGCAAGUCUGAAGCGGAAUGCAGAUGAGCAAGAGAGUCAUCAGCAUCCAAAUAACCCAGUUAAAAUUAGGAAGAAGCAGUCUGAUCUGGGUUUCAAAGCAAGGAGCUGUGUUUCGGGGGCGAGCGGAAAAAAGCAGACCAACAUGAUGCUGAAGAAAAUACCCCGUGUCCAGGCUUCUGGGCAAGUACAUAAGUCAUCAAUUCAAAAAGCAAGUGAGAAAUCUCCUACUCAUCAAAGCUCUUCUAGAGACACUCACCACUCCGUGCAUCCGUUAUCAGGGCAUGUUUCAAAUCUUGGGCAGAAAGCCCCGGGUCAGAAACACCAGCUUGCAACUGCCCUAAAAACAAAUAGCUCCGCAAAGGAAGAGGCAGAGCCCAAAGAUCCCCCUGUUACAGAACAUCUGAAGGAGGAGGAUAAAGAAAAAAACAAAUCAAAAAGAAUUGAUAAGAAUCUCCAACCUCGCCAGAGAAGAAGUAGCAGAAGUCUUUCGCUCGAUGAACCUCCGUUGUUCAUCCCAGACAACAUUUCAACUGUUAAACGGGAAGGCUUGGAACAUACCUCUGCUAGUGAAAGCAAAUCUGUUUGGGUGCCCAACAAGCAGUGUGGCUUUUGCAAAAAGCCACAUGGCAACAGGUGUGUGUGUGGCUUUGUGCCUGAGGAAUUUAUUAUUGGUUCCAGAAGAUAUUAUUAUUUUUUCCUCUCUUACCAAAUGUUUCAUACUGCUGGUGCCAAAAGGAGAAGGCAGAGCCUUAUAGUCAAAGCACGUCUGUUAUACUGUCAAUUAGUUUCCUUUGUACUCAUAUACUUCUUUUUUUUGUCUGUAGUUAACUAGAACAUUAGAAACUAGCUUGGUCAAAUAUUUUUACUAGAAAUAUUUUAUUAUAUGAAUGCUGUUUUUGAGGAAUGUGAAAUUCUGCUAUGCUGUUAAAAUAAGUACUUUAACCUUGACUUUUUUUUUGUUCAUAGCAAAGGAAUGAGAUUAAGUUGUCUGUGUUUCAGAUUGUCAUUUCCUUCUUUCCAGAGAAAGAUGAAGAAUUGCCAUCAACCAAAAAAAGUCAAAUAGUUGUUUGCAUGUGACUUUUUUUUUUCCUAGUAGAAGAGGGAUUCUAAUACCUGGAGAUUCAGAGGGGUUUUUUAUGACUUGUAUUAUCAUUGCUGUAAGGCUUUCAUGUAACAGGAGUAAUGGAGGAGUUGGUGGCAGGGGCGAGAGCAUCAGUCUCAAAAAAACCCCCAUAAAACUUCAAUGUGGGAAUAUCUGAAAUUGCCUUAGACUAAACCUAAUAAUAAGGUUGCAUCUGAAGUUAAUAAUGUCCCUUUGUGACAAAAGUUAUUCUUCUGCACCGUAAGUGAACUGAAAAAGGCCAUUGGGUUCCACUAAUGAACUGUCAAUCCAAGAAAAAGAAUUCCUUUAUUACCUCUUCUUAUUUUCUGGAUUUAAUAGUGAAGUA